AUAAUUUUAUUAAACCAUGUACAAACAGUCCUAUUUUCAGCUCCACCGGAUCACCUCCAGCCAUGAAAAACCUCCAUUACUCUCUACUCUCACUCUUCCUCUUCCUUUUCCUCCUUUUCUCAAUCCAAAUCCAAACCCAAACCCAAGAACAACAACAGCAAGACACACCCAUCACUCGCUUCCAACGCUACCUUCAAAUCAACACAGCCCACCCAAACCCAGACUACUCCUCCGCCAUUUCCUUCCUCAAAACCCAAGCUGAAGCUCCCGACCUCAACCUCCAAGUCCAAACUCUUGACUUCAGUCCAAACAAGGACAAACCCAUCCUCCUCCUCACAUGGCUUGGCUCCAACCCUUCUCUCCCUUCUCUCCUCUUCAACUCCCACCUCGACUCCGUCCCCGCCGAGCCUUCCAAAUGGUCCCACCCUCCUUUCUCCGCCGUCCGAUCUUCUGACGGUCACAUCUACGCCCGUGGGGCCCAAGACGACAAGUGCAUCGCUAUCCAAUACCUCGAGGCCAUUCGUAACCUCAAAGCCAAACACUUCUCUCCAAUCCGCACCAUACACGUGUCCUAUGUUCCUGAGGAGGAGAUUGGUGGGGCUGAUGGAGCUGCCAAGUUCGUUGAGUCCAAGGAGUUCGAGGAUUUGAAUGUUGGGUUUGUUUUGGACGAGGGGCAGGCUUCUCCUGGUGAUGAGUUUAGGGUUUUCUACGCGGAUAGGACGCCGUGGAAUGUGAUAAUUAAGUCUAAAGGGGCUCCUGGGCAUGGUUCCAGAUUGUACGAUAAUAGUGCGAUGGAGAAUUUGGUGAAGAGUAUUGAGGUUGUGUCGAGGUUUAGAGAGAGUCAGUUCGAUGUGGUUAAGGCUGGAAAAGCCGCCUUUUCGGAAGUUAUUUCUGUUAAUCCUGUUUAUGUCAAAGCUGGAAUUCCUUCCCCAACUGGAUUUGUGAUGAACAUGCAACCUUCGGAGGCCGAAGCCGGGUUCAAUGUUCGAUUGCCUCCUACAGCGGACCCGGACUUUUUGAGGAGAAGAAUUGCUGAAGAAUGGGCACCAGAAACUCGAAACAUGACUUACCAGAUCAAAGAGAAUGGACCCAUAAGAGACCGCAAGGGCCACCCUUUACUGACACCAACCAAUAAUUCCAAUCCAUGGUGGUCUGUUUUCCAGCAAGCUAUCACAGCAGUUGGUGGGAAACUUGCAAAGCCUGAAAUAUUGGCUUCAACUACUGAUGCACGAUUCAUGAGACAGUUGGGGAUUCCUACCUUAGGUUUCUCUCCAAUGGCAAAUACUCCCAUCUUACUGCAUGAACAUGAUGAGUUCCUGAAAGACACGGUAUAUUUGAAAGGAAUAGAGGUAUAUGAAUCCAUAAUCAGUUCUUUGAGUUCCUUUGAGGACAAUGAUCAUGUAGAUUAACUCAACAUGUUGGCAAUGUUAUACUGGUAUGAUUGGUGAUGUUGCAUUUGGCUGCAAUGGCGUUGGAACCAUGAAUUUUUGUUUAGGGGACCAUGGUUAAUCUCAAUAAUAUUAUGCAUAAUAUCAUGUUUCAAUA